AUGACAGCUCUCAACGGGGGCGAGGUCUCGCUGCCCUCCAAGAUCCCCUUCUGGCGCUUAAUCUUCGACCAGAAGGUCAUCACCGAAGAAGUAGCUCGAUACCCCUACGCGGGCUCUGGCACUGAAGAUGAUCCUUACGCGGUCGUCUGGAUACCGAACGAUCCUCGCAAUCCGAUGAAUUUCCGACCUAUUAAGAAAUGGGCAAUCACAGUCCUUGUCUCAUUCGUUACUCUCGCAGUCGCCUUGGUAUCAUCCGCCUACUCAGGUGGAAUGAGUCAAAUAGUCGAAACUUUUGGUGUGGAAGAAGAGAUCGCCAUCCUCGGAGUAUCGCUCUUCGUCCUGGGAUUUGCCAUCGGGCCCCUGAUCUGGGCACCGCUCAGCGAGAUCUUCGGUCGUCGUCAUAUCUUCACGAUCAGUUUUGCAUUCUUGACAGCUUUCAAUGCGGGUGCAGCAGGUUCCAAGAACAUUGAGACCCUCAUCAUCCUCCGUUUCUUGGCUGGCUGCUUUGGGUCUUCGCCAUUUGGAAAUGGAGGUGGUACCAUUGCAGACAUGUUCACAGCCGCACAGCGUGGUAUUGCAAUCAGCCUCUUCGCUGCGGCCCCGUUCCUGGGACCUACUAUCGGCCCGAUCAUUGGAGGUUUCCUUGCUAAUGCAGCAGGCUGGCGCUGGGUCGAAGGAUUCCUCGCCGCUUUCUCUGGAGUGCUCUGGCUUUGCGUUAUUUUCCUACUUCCGGAGACCUACGCUCCAGUACUUCUCCGUCGCCGAGCUGCUAAGCUCUCUGAGAUGACCGGACAGGUGUACCGCAGCAAGCUUGAUAUUGAGCGUGGUCCUGCGACGAUGGGCAAGACUCUCAAAACUGCUCUCUCGCGUCCAUGGAUCCUGUUGUUCCGCGAACCUAUCGUGCUUCUCCUUUCGAUCUAUAUGUCUAUUAUCUACGGAACGCUCUAUAUGCUUUUCGCCGCUUACCCGAUCGUGUUCCAGGAAGUUCGCGGCUGGAGCGAAGGCAUCGGCGGUCUCGCCUUCUUGGGUAUCCUAGUCGGAAUGGUCUGCGCCCUUAUCUACACCUUACCAGAAAACAGACGCUAUGCAAAGAAAUGCGCUGAAACUACCGACCGACUGGCACCAGAGGUCCGACUUCCUCCUAGCAUGGUUGGUAGUAUCGCCCUCCCAAUUGGACUUUUCUGGUUCGCCUGGACCAACUCUCCCAGUAUCCACUGGAUGGUAUCGAUCGCAGCCGGUGCUCCCUUCGGAUUUGGCAUGGUCCUCGUCUUCCUGAGUGUGUUCAACUACCUCAUCGACUCGUACACGAUCUUCUCUGCCUCAGUGUUAGCUGCUAACUGUGCGCUCCGUUCCCUACUGGGCAUGGCCUUCCCGCUUUUCACAACAUACAUGUAUGAAAACCUGGGUAUCCACUGGGCUUCGUCUAUCCCUGCAUUCCUCGCUCUGGCCUGUGUGCCAUUCCCAUUUGUCUUCUACAAAUACGGAGCUCAGAUUCGUCAACGGUGUACCUUCGCUGCUGAGGCGGAUGCGUUCAUGCGCAGGCUUGCUGAGAAGAACCAGGCAGCACCGCCACAGAAGGAAGAGGAGAAAGAGGCAGAGCAAGACUCAGAUGCAGAUAUUGCAGAUGAUAGUGAUACCGAGACGGUGUCUACUGUUCCUUCGCGCAUAAGUAUAGGCCGACGCAUGUCUCGCGCUUCGCGGGCUUCUCGCCAAUCUGGACGAUCAUUGCAUCGCGUUGCGACUGCGACGCAGUAUGAAGAGAAUCCGUAUGAUCUGGACUUGGUCAACACCCGACAGUCGGCUAUCAGUGGCCAUGGCCACUCCAAGAACUGA